UAUAGUCAGCAGUUAGUUAAGCGCCAUCUUCCCACUAUUGAACUCUAAAGUUGUUUACAGAAAGCAGUGCGAAUUCUAAUAUGCCGAAAAUGUAGUCGGAACUUUAAUAGACAACCUUGAAAUAUUGUUUUAAUUAUUAGUGACUAAUAUGAAUACUAAUGUAAUACAGUGUAUACUAUUAUUUUUGUUAACUACUUCUUUUGUUCCCAUUUCCAAUGGAAUGUUAAAUAUUUUCAUAAAUUCCGAGGAGGUCCAAAAGCUAUUAGGUUUGGAUGCUGAGCUUUACUAUGUGAGAAAUGGUGUGAUUAAUCAGCACGCCCUCAAUUUUGUCAUACCUGUUUCUUCAAAAAUUGAUUCAUUGCAUUUUACCUGGCAAAAUUUGGGUAAUCUGGCGCUACAGUACAAUGUAAACUUAGAUGUACAGCAGCGUGAAGCAUUUGAAGGACUCGACUUUAAUAUCUCAAAAACUGGACUGGUACCCACAAACGAACAAACGUUUAGUAUACACAUGCCAUGUAAGGGAUUCUUAAGUUCCGAAUCCGACGUUCUAAUUUCAAUCAAUAUUGCAUUGAUUCCAAUACCAGUAGCCCUGAAAAUACGAAGAAAGAAAAUUUGUAUGAAGAUCGAAAAUACUCUAAACACUCAAGCAGUCGACGCAGUAACUAUUCGUACUAGUUCUGUUAAAAUAUUUUAUUACGCAGCGGUUUGCGCCGGAAUUUUGGCUGCAACGUCCAUAAUGUGUAUUGCGGGCGUCUACAUUAGAAAUAAACAACCGACAACAGCUGAUGAGCCUCCCACAAACCAAUCAUUUACGUCAUUUCUUCCUACAACAAUACGCAAUCCCACGACGUCAUCAUCCUACAGUAGUUUCCGUAGAAUGCCCAGCUAUUCUUUAAUUGAGGAACGUCCAACAUCAAAAGAUCUUCAGGAUCGCGUGGCAGAACUCACGAUUCAAAGAUGCCGCGUCUGUUUGCAAAACGUGGUGCUGGAGGGAACGUUCAGUAGAGUGUACCAUGGAACUUACACAAAUGAAGGGUCGGAGGAGGAAGAGGUUCUCGUCAAAACAGUGACGGAUCACGCUUCUCAUAUUCAAACUUCACUAUUGCUACAGGAAGGAAUGUCCAUGUACGCUUUGAAGCACCCAAACAUUCUAAGUAUAUUGGGGGUCUCGUUUCAAGAGAAUUCUCCCCCAUUUCUGCUGUAUCCUUUUCAUAACUAUACAAAUCUAAAAGUGUUCCUUCAAAAAUGUAAAAUGUGUUCCGAAGGGGUCGCCCACACGCUAACCACGCAGGAAGUGGUUGAUAUGGCUCUGCAAAUUAUAGAGGCAAUGAAUUACAUGCACAAAAAGCAAAUACUACACAAGGAUCUCGCUGCCCGUAACUGCGUCGUGGACAGUAGAUUGAAAGUUCAGAUAACAGAUAACGCUUUAUCGCGCGAUCUAUUUCCAUCAGAUUACCAUUGUUUGGGUGAUAACGAAAAUCGGCCCAUUAAAUGGUUGGCACUAGAAGGCUUGAUAAGCAAAACAUUCCUCACACGUUCCGAUGUUUGGUCAUUUGGAGUACUUUUAUGGGAACUAACUACACUCGCUCAACAACCAUAUGUUGAAAUAGAUCCGUUUGAAAUGUCGGCUUAUUUAAAGGACGGAUAUCGAUUAGCUCAACCCAUUAAUUGUCCUGAUGAGUUAUUUGCAGUGAUGGCUUACUGCUGGGCUAUGCAUCCUGAAGAUCGGCCGACGUUUGUACAACUACAGGUGUGCUUGAAAGAAUUUUACAUGCAAUUAACUCGUUACGUAUGAGUUGUUUGGAAAUUUUGUUUGGAUUAAAUUGAGACUGUUGAGUUUCCGCUAAUGGAUUUGAAGUUACAAAGAAAUUGUUAAGCCAGAUAAACUGCUUGGAAAUGAAGAUGCAGGGGAUGCCACUGAACAACGCGAAUCACUGUGUUCAAUUCCAUCAUUACAUUUAUAUUGUAUCGUUUUCAUUCUUCAGCAUUGCUGCGUUGUAAAUGGAGCAACUAUAUCUGAAUUUACAAUGUAACAUGUUCAUUUCAUCACAUGUCAAUGGAAGAAGAGUGUUUAAAACCUUUUUAAUGCAAUUGCAUUAAUAGGUACAAAUAAAUGGGAAUAGAAUCUUUGCAAUUCAGUA